CCGGUUCCCCAGCUUGUCUCAGGUUGUUUGAAAAGUUCAACUCAAAACAUGAAUAUCAGACCAAAUCAUACAAUUUAUAUCAAUAAUAUAAAUGACAAAAUUAAAAAAGAAGAGUUAAAGAGAUCACUCUAUGUACUAUUUUCUCAAUUUGGCCAUGUAGUAGAUAUUGUGGCUUUAAAGACCAUGAAGAUGAGGGGUCAAGCUUUUGUGAUAUUUAAAGAACUGGGCUCAUCCACUAAUGCCUUAAGGCAGUUACAAGGAUUUCCAUUUUAUGGUAAACCAAUGCGAAUCCAGUAUGCAAAAACAGAUUCUGAUAUUAUAUCGAAGAUGCGUGGUACUUUUGCUGACAAAGAAAAGAAGAAAGAAAAGAAAAAAGCCAAAACUGUGGAGCAGGCUGCUGCAGCUGCAAUCAAAAAGCCUGGCCUGGGAACACCAAACUCAGCGAAUCCUCAAGGAAAUACAACACCAAAUCCUCAGGUUCCUGAUUGCCCUCCAAACUACAUUUUAUUCCUGAAUAAUUUACCAGAAGAGACUAAUGAGAUGAUGUUAUCCAUGCUGUUUAAUCAGUUUCCUGGUUUCAAAGAAGUACGUCUGGCACCUGGGAGACAUGACAUUGCUUUUGUUGAAUUUGAAAAUGAUAGUCAGGCUGGGGCUGCCAGGGAUGCUUUACAGGGAUUUAAGAUCACACCGUCUCAUGCUAUGAAGAUCACCUAUACCAAGAAAUAACAUUUGAGAUAGUUGACUUUAAAGGACUUGUUAUUUAUAAUGUUGGUUUUGAUAACAUUUGGUUUGGCAUUGUGAGAAUUGUGAAGGAUUAAAAUUACCUAGUCUUGAUCUUGAAAAUGUAUAAGACCAUAGUUUUGUACAAUAAACCUUUAUUUGUAAAACAAAAAAAAA